CUGUCAGAGACCCAGCGCGAUAGCACCAGCCCAGCAUGUCGUCGUCGUCUUCGAUGAAUCAACCCGCAUCUCCAAACUCCCCGGUCUCACCGCUAACUCUCCCUUCUUCCGAGCCCUUUGGCACUCCACGCCUGGAUCCCAUAAUUGAGCAUGUGAAGGCAGACCAUGGCCAGCGGACAAGAGCAUCCACUGUCUCUGGCGUCUCUUUCAAGGGAGGUGUCAAAGGAUCACAAUUAUCGAAAGCAAGGCCUGCAACUCGCAUCCGAGAGUCGUCCCCUCCGCCACCAAGAUCCCCUAAUUAGCCGAUUUCAACAUCAUGUUUCCUUCGACAACUUCGCUGGUACAGAGCCGACAGAGAAGAACACCCUCUCCUUCACGCUCAAUGCUAAGCACAAGGGAUACCAGUAUAAGCGAAGGUCCCGCACGUUUAUGGUUGGCAUAGAUGAGAAUGAUUACUCGGAUAUUGCAUUGCACUGGAUGUUGGAGGAAUUAGUUGACGAUGGGGACGAGAUUAUUUGCCUCAGGGUCAUAGAUAAGGACUCUAAGAUCACUAAUGAUCGGAAUUUGGAGAGAAGGCAGUACCAGAAGGAGGCGAGGGCGCUGAUGGAACGAAUUCAGUCGAAGAAUGACGAUAGCAGGGCAAUCAGUAUUGUGCUGGAAUUCGCUGUUGGGAAGGUCCAAAAUACAUUUCAGAAGAUGAUCCAAAUCUACGAGCCUGCGAUGCUUAUCGUUGGUACCCGAGGUCGAAGCCUCGGAGGUUUCCAAGGACUUGUCAGCAAUCGAAAUUCGUUCUCGAAGUGGUGUUUACAGUACUCUCCCAUACCUGUAGUUGUCGUACGUCCCACAGAAAAGAGAAUGAAGAAAAAGAAGAAGAGAGAUGCAGAUCCAACACGUCAAGACUACAUUAGGAUAUUGAGGGAGAGUGGGAUUAAGGAACACGAGACAGAAGCCGGGUCAGCUAACAGCACAUUUGAAGAAGCGAAUCAUCCUGAUGUUGAAGCACAUGCAGUAGCUGCUGCCCUCGGUCUCCCAGCAGGAUUCGAUCCUACUCUACAGCCGAUCAUCUUUGACAAUGACCGAACACUCCGGAAGGUGGAUUCAGCAAGGAGUGAUGUGACUAGUGCUUCACAAAGUAGUCUGGCGACUGACUCUCGACCUGCCAGUCCUGAGCUCGUGAGCAAGUCUCCCAGGUCAGGACAACAAGAAAGUCCCGGCGAAAGCGAAGACGAGUAUAGUGAAGGUGAAGAAGACGAUGACGAGGAUGGCGAAUUCGAGGCCAUACCAGGACAUUUACUCUUGGCUAACGCUGAUGAAUCGCCAGAGAUUGCUAAGAGGCAAAAGCUGCACGAGAUGGAGAUGGCUGAAGCUGCAGCUUUGGCUGCGAGGAAGAACUCAUCUGCUAGUUCUGCAGACAGCUCUGCGUCACCGCAACCUGAUGCUGAUGAUAAUGUUGAAGCCGAAGCGGAGAAGGGCAGUGCAGACAUGCCCAAAUAAUGAUGCUAACUACACUCUUGCAGCGAUGAUUAUUAGUUCAUGAACUUUCAUAGGACGUUUGGCAGGGGGAUCUAUUUGGACGGUGACGGCGUAAUAUUCAGCGGAGCCUUCUGUCCUUCACUACUCAAUUGAAGC